AUGUCUUUUCUUCGUCGGAGAAAAGGGCCCGAAAUACAACAGGGUCCGAGCCCGAGUUCGGAGCCGAAGGUUCUAAGCGAAGAGGAGAAAGAAGAUGAUAAGAAUGAGAAGAGUAAGAAGAAGAAAGGUGAGGUGAGGGAGAAGAAGAAGAAGAAAUGGUCGUGCUUGGAUAACUGUUGCUGGUGGGUGGGGUGCAUUUGCACGUUGUGGUGGUUUCUUCUGUUUCUGUAUCAGAUGGUGCCUUCUUCGAUUCCUCAGUACGUGACUGAGGCCUUGACUGGGCCCAUGCCUGACCCGCCGGGCCUUAAGCUCAAGAAGGAGGGGCUCAGGGUAAAACACCCUGUUGUUUUUGUACCCGGGAUUGUCACUGGGGGGCUUGAACUAUGGGAGGGUCAUCAGUGUGCCGAAGGGUUAUUCAGAAAACGCUUAUGGGGUGGUACUUUUGGAGAAGUAUAUAAAAGACCUUCAUGCUGGGUGGAUCACAUGUCACUGGACAACGAAACAGGAUUAGAUCCACCAGGCAUAAGAGUUAGGCCUGUCUCUGGACUUGUAGCUGCUGAUUACUUUGCUGCCGGGUACUUUGUAUGGGCAGUCCUAAUUGCAAACUUGGCACGCAUUGGUUAUGAAGAAAAAACCAUGUACAUGGCUGCAUAUGAUUGGAGAAUAGCAUUUCAGAACACUGAGGUGAGGGAUCAGACACUUAGUCGGAUAAAAAGCAACAUAGAACUUAUGGUUGCUAUUAAUGGUGGGAAUAAGGCAGUUAUUAUUCCACAUUCAAUGGGUGUAUUGUAUUUUCUUCAUUUUAUGAAAUGGGUUGAAGCACCAGCUCCUAUGGGUGGUGGGGGAGGACCAGAUUGGUGUUCUAAAUAUAUAAAGGCAGUUGUAAACAUUGGUGGACCAUUUUUAGGUGUUCCCAAGGCUAUAGCAGGGCUUUUCUCAGCUGAAGCCAGGGAUAUUGCUGUUGCCAGGACAAUAGCUCCAGGAUUUUUAGAUAACGAUCUGUUUCGGCUUCAAACAUUGCAACAUGUAAUGAAGAUGACCCGUUCUUGGGACUCAACAAUGUCAAUGAUACCAAGAGGAGGAGAUACUAUAUGGGGUGAUCUUGAUUGGUCACCAGAGGAAGGUUAUCACCCUAGCAAGAGAAGGCACAGCAGUAACUAUACUCAGUUAACACAACAAGAGACCAGUGAAACAAAUUCUGUCAACUAUGGAAGAAUGAUAUCAUUUGGAAGAGACGUGGCCGAGGCACCCUCCUCUACGAUUGAGAUGACUGACUUCCGGGGUGCCCUCAAGGGUCGCAGUGUUGCUAAUACCACUUGUCGUGAUGUGUGGACUGAAUACCAUGAAAUGGGAAUUGAGGGAGUAAGAGCAGUUGCUGAACAUAAGGUUUACACAGCUGGCUCAAUCGUAGACCUGCUUCAUUUUGUUGCUCCAAAGAUGAUGACUCGUGGUAGUGCUCAUUUCUCUUAUGGAAUUGCUGACAAUUUGGAUGACCCUAAAUAUAAUCACUACAAGUAUUGGUCAAAUCCCUUGGAAACAAAAUUACCAGAUGCCCCUGAUAUGGAAAUCUUCUCUAUGUAUGGAGUUGGCUUACCAACUGAAAGAUCUUAUGUGUACAAGUUAACUCCCUUUGCCGAGUGUUACAUUCCUUUUGAAAUUGACACAACUCAAGAUGGUGGUCAUGAUGAAGAUAGCUGUCUACACGGUGGAGUAUACACUGUUGAUGGGGAUGAGACUGUGCCUGUUCUAAGCUCAGGCUUCAUGUGUGCUAAAGGUUGGCGUGGAAAAACAAGAUUCAACCCUUCUGGCAUUCGCACCUACGUUAGAGAAUAUGAUCAUUCUCCUCCAAGCAACUUGCUAGAAGGAAGAGGCACACAAAGUGGUGCUCAUGUUGACAUCAUGGGAAACUUUGCUUUGAUUGAGGAUGUCAUAAGAGUGGCAGCAGGGGCCACAGGAGAAGAUCUAGGAGGUGAUAGGGUGUAUUCUGAUAUCUUCAAAUGGUCUGAGAAAAUCAAGUUGCCACUGUGA